GGAAUAUAAUUGCGCGUGAUUUCUAUGAGUUCAGUAUUAUAGUAGGGUAAAUACUGUCACAAAGUAGCAGGAUAUCGCAAUAAAUUGAAGGCGUUAAAGAUUUCAGCCUGGUCGCCUUUUCCGUCGCUUUCAAGUUUUAUGGUUGAUGUUGAGCACACAGCUUGUUCAUACAAGAGUGUGGCACCUAUUUUAGAACCUAGCUACAAGACCUGGACAUCUGAGGCCGUACGAGCUGUCAUAUACGCCGUCAAACUCUCAUCAAAGACGUCAAGUGGCCCCGUGUCACUGCUGCCCGGUAUCCACUAGCAGACGGCCAUUGGUAACCCCAACAUUAGGGGCUGUUUACAAGUUUAGAAGGAUUUCUUUAUAAACCUUGAAAUAAGUCACCAUGACAACAAUGUUGCAGUGUCUGGUGAUACUUCUGUUGUCUGGAAUUUCGUUGAUAAACGCCCAGAGAACUUUUGGUGGUGCUUUUGAUGGAAAUGACAUGCUAAAUGCAAACACUGGGGGUGUAGAUGAUACACUGCGGGGAUUUGAUCCAAACAUGCGGAUUCCAAGGUUCAGAAAUCGUCGCCUUGGUGAUCUACCACGACCUCUUCAAAUGGAGGUCAUAAACUCUCUGAUAGCAAAUGGUGUGAGAGGAAGUCGUGUGGCAAACGGAGUUGUUAAUGGAGCUGGUAUCAGAACUGGUGGUGUUGAUAUAAAUACAAGAAGAUUUGCUGCUAAUGGCGCUCAGGGGCGUGGUUUUGGUGUUGACACCUUCACAGCAACUGGGACAAAUGGCGGUGGAGUCGGUGCCCGUAGGUUUACUGUUAACAACAGGUUCGGAGAUACCCUUUCUUCAACAAGAAUUGGAAGAAUACCUCCUGCAACCGGCGGCCAAACGAUUGAUCUGGGAGCAACACGCACCAACGGGAGAAUAGGAGGGAGACCCGGGGUCCGUACCACACGUCUGACGGGGGGAAUGCCUCGCAGUGGAAUCUUGGGAGGACUGGGCAGCAAUGUGGACGAUCUGUUCCUUGACCCCGUGUCAGGUAGACGAGUGCUUGUGCGGCCCGUUGGUGUCGCUAAUAACAUUGUAAAUCAGAGGACCAAUGGAGACGGUGGAAUCGGUGGUGGGGUACCCGACAUCCCUCCCAUGAAUGGCUUCAGGGACAUGAAUGGAGGGAGAAGGUUUCCAACACCAACAUUCGCAGGUGGACCACAGGCAAAUUUCAGAAGACAACAGCUGCCGAUCUUUCCACCCAAUGGAAUGACAGGACCAUCCCGUGUAUCAACCUUGAAUGAAGGAUUUCCAAAUGAUAGAGUCUCUGCGUUUCCUUUCGGUGGAAUUCAAAACGAUAUAAGUAACAAUAUGGCACCUCAACCUAUCGAUCUUAGCUCUUUGGAACCUUUUCCAGACAAUAUUGGUGGAAGACCUCCAUUCAAUUUCCCUCCCCCUGGACCUGACGCCGGACGUCCAAUGCUUCCCCCUGGCGGCCCACCCCCGGGAUUUGCACUCCCACCAGGAAUGGGUCGUGUGACCUUCCCACGUCAACCUCCGAUGGAUAGGCCCGGAACAGGAGCAUCAUCUAGAACUCAACAAUCUUCCAACGUAAGAUCUUUUGGGACCCCUACACUGUCCAACACUGGGAAUCAAAAUUUUCAACAGCGAAGAACGGUCAGUUCACGUUUAUUUGGGACACCUUCUGUCAACACUGUGCCUGAAUCUCGCUCUCUACGCAACUUUCAGUCAUUUGGAGCAACUUUUCCUAACACUGCGCCAGGUUCGCGCUCUUUAGGCAAUUCACAGUCAUUUGGGACUUCCUCUCUUAACACCGGCACAAGUUCCCGUUCCCAGCAACAGCAAUCCAGAAACUCAUCAGUUGACGUUCAAAUCGACGACUUUCUAAGCACCUUAGAUGCUUUGAUUGCUGCAGAGUCCGCCGCUCGAGGCGUACCAAAUUCCCAGAAUUUUCCACGAACUUCCGGUUUUGCGCCAGCAAAUACUGCUUCUUUCAACACCCCUGACACGGCUAGAGGGUUCAACAAUGCACCGGCAAGCUCGCCAACACUCAAUGAUUUUACGUUGCCAACAUCUUUGCCAGAUCCCCAAUUCCGAAGAGACAGCCGUCUGUGGAGUUCUACUGCAUCAGGCUCUACUGCCAACGCAAUGUUGCCGACAAACGGUGCUCAUAGUAGCCAAAACUUUGUCUCAGGAACUGGACAUGUUCAGGCAAAUACUGGAUCGUUGGGUGCCAGAAACACUGCUCUAAAUAAUAAUAUUAGAACAAGUUCAAGUUUUGGUUCUUUUGGGGGAUCUGCUUUAGCAAGUAACGGGGUUGCUAGUAGCCAAGGAAAUGCCCUCUCUUCUGCUUCUCAGAAUUUCAAUGCAGAAAUUCCAAAGCAAUCACCCCAAGAAAUCCGGAGCGGUGCUCUUCAAGCAGUUCAUUCUAUAGCCAACACUAACAGAGCAACCACUGAAGGUUUUUUCUUGGACGGACAAGGGCCCACCGAAGGAUCAACCGUCAUAAGUGGAGAUUCUUUCAUCGACUGGAGUCAUUUUAACAAAGCUCUUCAAGAUAACGGAUUUGAAACCCACAUGCCGUCAAGAACGGAUAUAAACGGAAAUAUUGUAAUGGUGACGCCCUCCACUACCCCAUCCCCACAAACCACGCCCACUCCGGGGAGACAAUCACGAUUUAGGUAAUGCACUCACCUUUGAUUCCGUCAACCCAGCAUUAUUCAAUACAGGGAUGGAUUCCACCUCAGGUUAGCGAGUUGAAGAAGAGCCGGUGUUAGCACUAACAUAGAUUGUGUAUCCAUAAUCUUUAUAUAUCAGUAGAGUCCAUCCAUUAUGCAUUAACGGUGCUGUGAGUCAGUAUGUGGGAGCUACAUACUAACAGCAGGCUUGUUUAGUACAGUAGUACUAAACUGUGGAUUUAUGUUCACGUGAUUACAGUUUCAAUGUCAAACGAACGUUUUGUACAUUUCAACGCUGAUUUCAAUGGACAUGUUUUGCGUGGGGAAUUUUUCGUUCAUAAUUUUUUUUGAUGGAAUGAUUUGUGCAUUGUUUGUAUUAACAAACCAAUAUAUAAAUAAAGUAAUAUUUUUUUA